GUGUGCAAUUUCAUUUUCUCUUCCAGCAAAUAUUACGGCAUGCCCGUGGAAAUGCCACAAAAGUGAUAUUUCUCAUUACCGAUGGUUAUUCCAAUGGGGGAGACCCAAGACCCAUUGCAGCAUCCUUGCGUGAAUUUGGUGUGGAGAUCUUCACCUUUGGGAUAUGGCAGGGGAAUAUCCGAGAACUGAAUGAUAUGGCAUCCCAUCCAAAAGAAGAUCAUUGCUACCUUCUUCACAGUUUUACUGAGUUUGAAGCCCUGGCACGCAGAGCUCUUCAUGAAGACCUGCCCUCUGGCAGCUACAUCCAAGAAGAUAUAUCACAUUGUUCAUAUCUCUGUGAGGCAAAUGAAAACUGCUGCGACAUCAUGGCAAGCUGUAAAUGUGGUACUCACACUGGCCAGUUUGAGUGUAUCUGUGAGAAAGGAUACUAUGGGAAAGGACUACAACAUGAAUGCACAG